AUGUUGAGAAAUACGAAGCUCCUCAGCACCAGAUCCCAUCCAUUUUUACCCGCCAUAACUACAGGACCUGGUCAAUUGUGCCACCCGUCUGUAUCUUCCUACCAGCACCGCUGCCUUGUGACUUCCCAAACCAUCCACAAAGAGAGACAUCUUGAGUCUGAUCUCGACCGACACCUACUCCGACCCGAGCAUAAUGAGAAUACUAAGUCGGGCACCGACGACGAAGCGGCUCACCACUGGUCUUCGUAUGAUCCCACUAUCACCGAUCCCGACCUUGAGGUUCUGGCCUGCGAGGAAGAGUGCGAACUCGAUGGUGAUCUAGAUGACCCUUUGUUUGUCAGUCCAGGCAAUAGAGAAGUCAGUCGCUUCCUUGACCCGAUGGUCGGAGGAGCGGUGCAUGGUGCUACGAGACCGGGUCCAAGUGGGAGGGGCUGGACAAGAAAACACAAGGAAGUGAUCAUCAAGAAAAUCCCCGGAAGCCAGUUUGAGCGAUAUGACCGGAUAUUGCAGGAGCUGAGGAAGGCAGAUAAGCAGGCCACGAAAUGA